AUGAUUGGCACUCGCACUCUACAACUGGCCGAUCCUCUGGCCAAUGGUUUCGCCGUCAAUACGACAAUAAAAUGCGCCAAACCAAAUUUGCCGCAUUACGACAUGUGCAUGAGAAUAACAUGGUCACAUUGUGUUACAAUGCAAUUAUACUUCAUGACACCCAUAUUCAUGUAUAUUCUGUUCCGUAAUCGGAAAGUUGGCAUCAUGGCUAUAAUAAUUGGUAUUGUAAUGUUCUUGGUAACAAGCAUGUCCAUUAUGUAUGUCAACGGAUUCACUUUCGGACUCUAUGGCUGGUCCCGAACGUCUCCAUCAUUGUACAACAUGGUGCUUAUUAAACCAUUUGAGCAUGGUAUCGCUUAUAUGACUGGGAUGUUCAUGGGGUAUAUGUUCGCCGACAACCAAUACUUCGUGCGUUUACGCGCAUACCGUUUGUGGCCCAAAAUAAUCAUCUGGUCUUCGGUCACAAUGGCUUCGACUUACGCCCUGAAUGUCAUCGGACUUUCGGCUCUAUUCUCCGGCCAAUGGCUGCCGGCGUACGUCGCUAUCGAGAGGGCCUACACGUCGGUGUAUUGGGCACUAAUGGCCGCCUGGGCUAUAGUGACGGCCGCCGAGUAUAACCUGUGCCGUCGGGUGCUAUCGCACCGUUGGUGGCGACCCUUCCGCACAGCACAGCACUCGUCGUUUUUGUUUCACUGGUUUUUGUCAAACACAGUGUUCGGGUCAGUGGUGGGCGAUGUGUCCGGUCGUGCGCUCUAUGGAUAUCCCAUAAUAUGGGCAGUGAUUGCAUUGAAUUACGCGAUAAUGAUUGUCGUGUCGGCGGUGUUUGCGCUGCCGUUCGACCGUUUGGGCCGUUCGCUGACGGCCUAUGUGUUCGCCGGCGUCGGACAACGCUUGGGCCCAAAGCCAGCCACCGGUGCCCUUAAAGCCGAUUAAUUAUUGUGUAACUCUCAACGC